AUGACCAGGUCUGUGCAGGAGGAGCAGGAGUCAGUAGAGUCCGAGCAGCAGGAGGAGCUUCACAGCCCCAUGGAAGGAGAAGGAGAAGGAGAAGGAGAAGGAGAAGGAGGGGGCGAAGAAGAGGAGGACAGCCUCCACCGUCUUGAUGAGGAAGAGGACGAUGAUGAUGAGGAGGAGGAGGACGACGAGGAUGGGGAGAACAAACCCAAGAGGCGAGGGCCGAAGAAGAAGAAGAUGACCAAGGCUCGUAUUCAGAGGUUUAAGGUCCGUCGGAUGAAAGCUAACGCCCGCGAGAGGAACCGUAUGCACGGGCUAAACGACGCUCUGGAGAGUCUGAGGAAAAUCGUCCCUUGCUACUCCAAAACCCAGAAACUGUCCAAGAUCGAGACGCUCCGCCUCGCCAAGAACUACAUCUGGGCCCUGAGUGAGGUCCUGCGCUCCGGCAAGGCACCCGACCUCAUGAGCUUCGUCCAGGCGCUCUGCAAAGGUCUGUCUCAGCCGACAACUAACUUGGUGGCGGGCUGCCUGCAGCUGAAUCCUCGAACUUUCCUGCCGGAGUCGACUCCCGACCUGCCGGUCCCUCCCCCCGCCGGCACUGCCACUUAUCCGGGACACUACUCCUACCAGAGCCCCGGGCUGACGGCCGGCCUUCCCAGCCCGCCCUACGGCACCAUGGAGCCUUCCCACAUCUUCCACCAGGUCAAAGGUCAGCCCUACGGCCCGCUGGAGCCCUUCUUUGAUGGCGUCCUGGUGUCGGAUGGCCCGGCGUUUGACCCGCCCCUCAGCCCCCCGCUGAGCAUCAACGGGAACUUCUCGUCCUUCAAGCACGAGACAGUCGCGGCUACCGACUACGACAAGAGCUUCUCCUACAGCGUGCACUACGGAGGAGCAGGAGGACCCGGGGGACACCCUGCCAUCUACGGUGGCGCGGGGUCCAACCCGCGGUGCGGUGAGCUGCAGGUGGACGGGAUGAUGGGCUUUGACGGACACACGCACCACGAGCGGAUGAUGAACGCCCAGCUGAACGCCAUCUUCCACGACUCCUGA